UAUUAUUUUAAAGUUUUUGAGUACACUUAAUACAUUUUAUAAGUAUCAUAUUCGAUUUUAUUGAUUGCAUUUCCCGGGCGAACCGGCUACGGCGCAUGCUCGAAUAUCGCUCGGAAAAUUCGUGACUGCGGCUGCAAAGGGAUUCCGUUGAAGUCUUAUAUUUGGCACAGUCGAAUCCUACAGGAUGGGUAAGGAGAAGACUCAUAUCAACAUUGUCGUCAUCGGCCACGUGGACUCUGGCAAGUCUACCACCACCGGCCACCUCAUCUACAAAUGCGGCGGCAUCGACAAACGUACCAUUGAGAAAUUCGAGAAGGAGGCCCAGGAAAUGGGCAAAGGCUCCUUCAAAUAUGCAUGGGUACUGGACAAACUAAAAGCGGAGCGGGAGCGCGGUAUCACCAUCGACAUUGCGCUCUGGAAGUUUGAAACUGCCAAAUACUACGUGACCAUCAUCGACGCUCCAGGGCAUAGGGACUUCAUAAAGAACAUGAUUACUGGUACAUCUCAGGCGGACUGCGCGGUGCUGAUCGUAGCCGCGGGCACCGGUGAAUUCGAGGCCGGCAUCAGCAAGAAUGGGCAGACCCGCGAGCACGCACUGCUCGCUUUCACGCUCGGCGUCAAACAGUUGAUCGUGGGCGUCAACAAGAUGGACUCCACUGAGCCGCCGUACCACGAAGCUCGCUAUGAGGAGAUUAAGAAGGAGGUCUCGUCGUAUAUUAAGAAAAUUGGUUACAAUCCAGCGACGGUCGCGUUCGUGCCGAUCUCGGGCUGGCACGGCGACAAUAUGCUGGAGCCUAGCGACAAAAUGCCCUGGUUCAAGGGGUGGAACAUCGACCGCAAGGAAGGCAAAGUCGAGGGCAAGACGCUCAUUGAGGCCCUGGACGCGAUCCAGCCGCCGUCGCGGCCCACAGAGAAGCCGCUGCGGCUGCCGCUGCAGGACGUGUACAAGAUCGGCGGCAUCGGCACCGUGCCCGUCGGCCGCGUCGAGACCGGCAUCCUCAAGCCUGGCAUGGUGGUGGUGUUCGCGCCUGCGGCCAUCACCACCGAGGUGAAGUCUGUGGAGAUGCACCACGAGGCGUUGCAAGAGGCCAUGCCCGGAGACAACGUCGGCUUCAAUGUGAAGAACGUUUCCGUCAAAGAACUCCGCCGUGGGUACGUCGCUGGUGAUUCGAAAAAUGCGCCGCCGAAAGGUGCAGCUGACUUCACUGCUCAGGUGAUCGUUCUGAACCACCCCGGGCAAAUCAGCAACGGCUACACUCCGGUGCUGGACUGCCACACUGCUCACAUUGCCUGCAAGUUCGCAGAGAUCAAGGAGAAGUGCGACCGUCGUACUGGCAAGACAACAGAGGUGAACCCGAAGUCAAUAAAGUCUGGAGACGCGGCGAUCGUGAUGCUGGUGCCGACCAAGCCGCUGUGCGUGGAGUCGUUCCAGGAGUUCCCGCCGCUCGGACGCUUCGCUGUGCGCGACAUGCGCCAGACCGUCGCCGUGGGCGUCAUCAAGAGUGUUACCUUCAAGGAGGUUACGACGGGUAAAAUCACCAAGGCUGCCGAGAAGGCCCAAAAGAAGAAAUAACUAUGGGGCACAUUGAACAAAGUUUUGCAGUCGGCGACCACCGCCCGCGCCGCGCCGCCGCAGUGGCGGCCCGCAAGCGGUGGUUGCGGUGCAUGGAGCAUCUCUCAAGGAUUCCCAUUAUCGCUGUUAAAUCCUCCCCGUGUACAACCCCCCUUAGAGCCCCCUCACAAUCGGAGCUUCUUCACUGGUGACAUCACAUUCGUCCCUGACAUAUGCAUUUAUCAUAGCACGAUAUUAUUAAAGUUAGUACGUUUUAGUUACGCUUACGUGUUAAGUUUAUGUCUUUGUGAUUAUUUUAGUCGUAAGUUACUUGACAAGUUUGAGUUUCCGUACUUGAAAGCUCGUUACGUUUUAUUUUUCCAUCGCAAAGAAUUCAGGAGGAAAAGUAAUGUAGACGUUAAUGAAUUUGUAAACCAUUUCUCAGCGCACCAAUCGCACGCGGUUACUUUUAAGUAUACAUUUCAAUUAGAUAGUACUAUGUCAUAUUCUUGACUGUAAUUUAUUUUAUCUAUCCUCUAUGAUAUAGGAGGUAUGUUAAACCCAAAAUUAUUUCGUAAUCCUAAACUGUAUUAACUUGACUGUAAAGUUGUUAAACCAUUUUUGUAAUUAAUAACGUUUUCUGAUCAAAAUAAAAAACUAGGUACUGUAAGAAACUAGUUUUCCUGUAGAUACAUUUUGUUUAAAUUUUUAACAAGUAAAUAUGGAUGAAAAUAUUUAGGUAAACAUCAGAGUGUAGAAAGUGUAAGGGUACUUGGUUGUAAACCGAUACUCUGUUAGUUGAAAUUAGCAGAUAAAAAUAAAAUAAUAUGCGUUUAAAACGUAAAUUGGAACUUUGUAAAGUGGUAGUUAAAAGUAGUCUUUGUUCUUUCUUACAAUAAAAAAUUAUCGUUGCUUUAACUUAUAUUUUUCAUAUUCCCACUAAAAUACGUAACAGAUGUAUCUACCUACUAAAAUAUAUAUGUAUAUUUUAUUUUGCUUUGUUACUGUACUUACUAAUAUUUAUGACAUACGGAAAACAGACUCAUUUAAGCUAAACGUAACUUUGUAAUUUUUUUCAAUAUUUUUUGUAAAGACCUUACCCUGAUAAACCAAUAAAGAAGCUACUGGUAA